AUGUUACUUCGGUGCCUGUUCGUUCUUUCUAUCGUCGUGACAGUGGGAGCUAUGCUUAGUGUGGAAAAAUAUAUUCGCAAGUACAAACCAAUUACAAGCGUUCAAGGAACUCGAACGAUACACCGAUAUCCAAAGAAUGUCAUAGAAGUUACUCUCUCAUUUGGGGCCACAGAUGAAAUGAUUCUUGCUGCUGAAACAGCUAUUAACGACUACUAUUCCGGAGUGUUGAUGACUCAAGGAGAAGAGACGGAAAAAAUGGGUGAGGUGAUGGAACGCUAUUUUGGAGGAUUUUGGUCCGUGGGAAUAUUUGAUGAUCCGUACGGCUUCAGUUGGACCAUAAUACGCAGGUCACCAGCAUUUGCGAUGUUUGACGUGAACGGCAAGGGGAUAUUGUUUGCAAAAGAAGCAGACAACAGCUGUGCUGCGUUCCUCUCAUACUUUUCAUGCGAUUUUCGAAGCUCGGUCAGAUCGCUCUCAUCGAUUCCUUUCCGCUUCGUCCUUUGGUUGUUCGAGAUGGAAAAGAGUUCUAGUACUGUAUCGAAUUCGUCAGUGGCUUCGUUUACUCCUCCCGUAGAGUGGGAGCUUCAAGAAAGGACCCCAAUGAACCAGGUUGAAUUUGACAAACGAUUUGGAUACGUGCGACCCGAAGAAGGUAGUCCAUUGUUGACUGCCUCGAAGAGAUAUUUUGGCAAAUUUAUUCUGCCAUUCUCCUCCCCUACAUUAUUUUGGAAGACGACCAUUGGUUUUGUGCCCAUUCUACAGUGGCUUCCCAGGUACCGCAUUAAAGAAAAUCUACUGAACGAUGUCGUAGGAGGUUUCAUGGUUGGAAUAAUGCACGUACCACAAGGUAUUGCUUACGCGGUGUUAGCCGGAGUUCAUCCAGUCGUUGGCCUCUAUACAUCGUUCUUUCCCGUGAUCACUUACAUGCUUUUCGGUACUUCACGCCAUGCUUCCAUCGGAUCAUUCGCCGUUGUUGCUUUAAUGACCGGACAAACAGUACAUCGCGUUUCGACACCUACUGAUGUAAACAUAACGCAUACAAUCGGAACUUCUGCUGGAAGCCGAUACGAACCAGAAGAGGUCGCUUCAGCACUGACGUUGACUAUCGGAAUUACUCAGAUUGUAAUUGGGACAGCUGGGCUUGACUUUGUCACGACGUACUUUUCGGAACAGUUAGUCGCCGGCUUUACCACGGGAGCUUCAGUGCAUGUAUUCGUGACACAGUUGAAGGAUAUCACUGGAAUAUAUGGAACUCCACGCCGUACAGGUGUCGGAAAUGCGAUCCUGUCUAAUCACUUUUCACGUCAACAUUUUAAAAAAUCCGAACAUCAAAAACUUCGCAAUUCUCAACAGAAGAACACAGAGACACACAGAACGAAGUACAACAUCACUACUAGCUUCUGUCCCAAAAUUCGUCGCCAACCGUCGGAAUUCUUGGGAGGAUUCAAAAGAACACCGCGUAUAAAUGCUGAAGAAGAUGAAAGCGCUCGAAGGGAAAAGAGGCAACAUUUUCAUCUAACGCUAAGAGUAGAGGAUCGACUGGAACUUCCAGAGGAGACAGUUCAGCAUGAUCUUCGUGCAUCCGAUGUCAUUCUAGAAAUUCAUCGCAUCAACUGGACGACAGCGAUUGUAUCCGCGAUAACUAUACUAUUACUAACAACUGGUAAAAAGAUCGUGAAUCCUAUUGUUCGGAAACGCUCCCCUGUCCCCAUUCCAUUCGAACUACUCGCGAUCAUGUUAGGUAUGACAAUCUCUGGAAUUUUAAGCCUGGAGACAAAAUAUUUUGUUGCUGUGGUUGGUCACAUACCAACAGGACUUCCGUUCCCGUCACUGCCCCGCGUAGAACUUCUACCAGCUCUUUUACGAGAUGCUAUUUCCAUUUCUGUUGUUAUAAUGGCUGUUCAUAUUUCGAUGGCUAAACUGCUUGCUAAAAAGUACCAGUACCCGAUUGAUGUCAAACAGGAGUUCUUUGCUGCGGGAUUUACGUCGACAAUCUCUAGCUUUUUCCCUGUUUUCCCCAGUUCCUGCUCAUUAGCUCGAACCUUAGUGAAUGCAUCAGCAGGUUCAAAAACACAGUUAUUCGCCGCGUUUUCGUCACUGUUCAUAUUCGUGGUUGUGCAAUUCAGCGGAACGUGGCUCAAGGUUCUACCUAUGUGUAUACUUGCUUCCAUUAUUAUUGUUGCUCUGCUAGAUAUGUUUGCAAAAUUCCAACAACUUCCUGGAAUAUGGGCCAUCUCAAAAAUUGACUGCGCUAUAUGGAUUGUUGCAUUUCUGGCGACAGCAUGUAUUGAUGUGAUGGAUGGAUUGGCCAUCGCAAUCGCGUUCGCUUUGCUGACUACCGUGUUCCGCUUGCAAUGGCCUACAUGGCAUAUCCUUGCCCAUGUGAAGGGCACAAUGGAAUACAGAGACGUAGAACGCUAUCAACAAGUGGAUUUCGUGCAGGGAAUUUGCAUUGUACGUUUUGACGCUCCAUUGCUAUUUACAAAUGUAGAACAAUUCCGUACCAUGGUUUACAAUGUAAGCAAAAAUUGGAAUAGCAUCGCGUGCAAUUUCCAUGCGACUUGGGAUUCUGGUAGCGAAAAAGAGGAUGCGAGUAACCAAAAGAGACAAUCAGCUCCAAAGCGCGGUAGAUUUCUUAUUAUUGACUGUUCCGGAUUUGUUUACGUGGACAUGAUGGGCGUCAAUUGUCUGAAAGAGGUGUAUGAGGACCUCCUCAAGAAAAACAUAGUGGUUUUUUUCGCUGCACCAAAAGCUCCUGUGAGGGAACUUUUCGAGGCGGCAGGUCUCUACGAAUCCGUGAAAAAAACUAAUUUCUAUCCAACCAUACAUGAUGCAAUGUUCUUCGCUAAACAGAGGAGAAAGGAAGCCGCGCUAGCGUCGAUGGAAUCAAGUGGAAGUUCCGAUGAAACUGCACUGCUUUCCAAUGACCUGAGUCCACAAGCAUCCAGAAAAUAUUAG